AAAUAGCGUGUGUAUAAGUUGUAAACAAGCUAGAAAACGGCCAAACUACUGAACAAUUAAAGAAUAAAAAUGCUUUUCAACGGUCUAGACAUUUACAUGAACUGGGUUUGGUGAAGUAAAGGAAGAAUUCAAGAUUUUUUCAGUAGUCACCUCUAGAGUUUUCACGUUUGAACUGGUCAAAUCUACGCUGUACAAAAAUCGUUGCAAUUAUUUCACGGAACUUUUAACUAAUAGGAGUGCUCUGAAGGGAAUAUUCCCUAAACAUGAAGGCCGCCAAGGUUCUCAAAGCCAGACCUUGGACAUUGGCAUCCCUAGCAUCAGCUCGACCCUACGCUGCUAUUUUCAAAACUAAAUCGUUUGACAUGCUCUCUACAGAUUUUCAACCAAGCAAGAUCGAAAUUUCUGAAGUUGAAGCCAGAAAGCUUCUAGGUAAAAUCAGGUUGGAUAAUAAAAACGUAAUAUCUAGAGAGGAGGCGAUGUCUCGUAUAGAAUACGAGGGUAUGGAGGGCCUGGGCAAAUUAAGUGUGGUUCGACUAGAAGAAUAUGGAACAUUUUUAGAACAAGAAAGGGGUCCAGGGCCCUUCUUAGACCAGCAGGGGGGUCCAGGGCCCUUCUCAGACCAGCAGGGGUGUCCAGGGAUGGGAAGCUUCACCUCCUCCCCAGCCCUAGUAGCAGAGGAUAAUCAGGACGAUGCUCUCUCCUUUCAGCCUGGAGCUCAUGAGGAGCUGGUGGAGAGAUGCAGGAAGGAAUUGAUGGAGCUUCCCACCCCCCUGGAGAGAAGGUUUAGGAACUAUUCACUUCAGAGCACUCAGAGCACUCAAGAAACGAUAACCCAAUCAACAGUUUUUAGAUGUAUAUCUGUUUCAGCUUUGGGUACAAAGAAUGACAAGUUCGUAUGCUGCCCAGCAGAGGCGUUAGUGUGGGAGACAAGAAGAUGGCGGUUGCUCCACGAGAUUCUGCGCUAUGAACCGGAUAUAAUCUGUCUGCAGGAGGUUGAUCACUUCAAUCUGCUAGAGCGGGCCCUUGGCUCGGUUGGAUACAGUGGAAGGUUUGUUCCUAAACCUGACUCUCCUUGUAUCUAUCUACCGGAGAACAAUGGACCCGACGGGUGCGCCAUCUUUUACAAAAAUUCUAAGUUUGACCUCGUAUCUGAGAGUAAACGUGUACUUGAAGUAUGGAGAGUGCAGAGUAACCAAGUAGUUCUCUGUCUAAACCUAAAGCAUCGAGAUACAGAGAAGGAACUAUUUGUUGCCACCACCCAUUUGAAGGCCAGGCAGGGUGCGCUUCUCUCCACUAUGAGGAAUGAACAGGGGAAAGAUAUGCUUGAUUGGUUGGCUGAAAGUGCUGCUGGAAAGCCCCUCCUUCUCUCCGGAGAUUUCAAUGCUGAUCCGUCUGAACCUGUUUAUCAAUCUGUUGUACAUCAUGCUUCCCUCAACCUUAGCUCCGCGUACAAAUCAGACAAUCUGGGAGUUGAUGAAUACACAACUUGGAAAAUCCGGGAAACCGGUGAACAGAAAUACGUUCUGGAUUACAUCUUCCACUCGGAGUUCCUCACCCCGGUCUCAGUCCUGGAGAUGCCUUCAGAGGAGGAGAUUGGGGCACACCGACUCCCUUCACUUCAGUUUCCAUCAGACCAUCUCUCAUUGGUGGCAGAUUUCCACCUGAUUUAACACAAUCUCUGGAGUAUUAGUGCGUACACCUCCCCCCCAAUUGAUUGUGCAGCUUUACACUGUACAGUAGAGUUGGGCGUGCAAUCAUCCAUUCCAAGUCGUACAGUAGAGGCUCAGUACUAAAGGAGAGUACAAGCUUAUUGUUUGAAGCCCCUGAAAAUCUAAUGAGCUGCAACAAAAUCUUUUUAAAUAAAGUGUACAAUGUACAUAAGUUGAGUAUGUACAAGUGUUUAAACCGUUGAUUUAUAUUGAAGCUUAAAGAACCGUUCAUAUCACGAUGCAAACUUCUAGAGUUCAAUAUUUAUUAUAUAUAUUUAUCCUAAUAAAAAUAUUUAUACCUUUU